UGACACAUUGAGGAAGUACACAUUUCAGCAUGGAGAAUAGAAAAACGUGUAGAUUUCUCAUUUUGUACAGCAUAACGAUUAUUGCGGCUUUCUCAUAGCCCUCGAGACAUGAUGUGUAAAGUCAAGCCAGAGAAAACGGACUCUGCUGCCUUUAAAAUGCCCAAAUCCUGUCAGAGCCAAACGAAAAAGAAACCUGUAAAGAAAACGUUUUUUCGACACACCAAGAAGAAAGAGCCCGUUUCAAAAGAUCAAGGUAAAACCAAGGCCUUGCUUCCCCCGAAAGAUGCCCAACAGUUUUCAGCCAACUGGAAAAUGUUACUAGAGGUGUUCAAAUCCAAUCCCCCACUGGUGAAAAAGCAACCAUUUCAGCAGAACUCAAAGAAGGAAGUCCAUAAGAAACCCACUAAAGACAUUUCAGAGGAGGAGGAUGUGGCCACGCAUAAGAAGCUUGCUAAAGACUUAUCAAAGACAGUGAAUGAUGCCAAGCCCACACAGAUGAAUAGUGGGAAAGCAGGGAAGGACAGUGCUGUUCCUAGUAAAUCCCAGGUGAACAGUGGGAAAGCAGGGAAGGACAGUGCUGUUCCUAGUAAAUCACAGGUGAACAGUGGGAAAGCAGGGAAGGACAGUGCUGUUCCUAGUAAAUCUCAGGUGAAUGGGAAAAGUUCACGACCAUCGGGGACAGAACAGCCCAAAGCCAAGAAGAGGAAACAGAGCAGUGUCCAGACAGACCGCAAUGUACAGUUGAACAAGAAGAAGAAAGUAGAAGAAGUGGAGGAAAAGAAACCCACUAAAUCGGACAUGUGGUUUGAUGAUGUGGACCCUGACGACAUUGAGGCCACAGUGGGAACAGAGGCAGCCGAUAUCAUGAGGAAGAUCCAAGGCACUCAGAAGACCGACGCCCAGACAACAGAGAAAGCGCUGGUCAAGGACAGGGGAUUUGAGGGCCUGACCAAGGCGGUGGCUAUGGACUGUGAGAUGGUGGGUGUGGGGCCAGAUGGCGAGGACAGCAUCGUAGCCCGGGUCUCGCUUGUUAACCAGUUUGGAAAGUGCAUCUACGACAAAUACGUCAAGCCCACAGAGAAGGUGACGGACUACAGGACAGCUGUCAGUGGCAUCCGGCCAGAUGACAUCAAAAACGGUGAGAAUGUGAAGACUGUACAGAAAGAGGUGGCUGAGAUCCUCCAGGGGAGAACGCUAGUGGGACACGCCAUUCACAAUGACCUCAAGAUUUUGCUUUUGGAUCACCCAAAAAAGAGAAUCAGAGACACCCAGAAGUAUAAACCUUUCAAGAAAAUUGUGAAGAGUGGUCGGCCCUCUCUGAAACUCCUGUGUAGAGAAAUACUCAGUGUCAAAGUACAACAGGGAGAACAUUCAUCUGUCCAAGACGCCCAGGCAACCAUGAGAUUGUACACAAUGGCGAAGAAACAUUGGGAGGCAGAGAUCAAGGCUAGUCAUAACAACCCAGAGUUAACCAAGAAGACCAAAGAACCAAGGAAGCCCAAAUCACCCAAACACAAAUUAACCUGACUGUCUGGGUCUGAAGACUGAACUGCAUCAGUCUGUAAUGAGACUGAGGACUUGCCAUUGACUAGAUGGCACAGGACAGGAGGCUUGACUGAAUGAACAAGUGUGUCUUUGGGAAGUGGACUCGCACUUAGAGGUCUUAGUGAACAGUGAAUUGAGGAAUCUCUUUUGGUGACCCAUAAGGAUUACACAAAGCGGUUUGAUGAAGUUAAUAUUGACUUUAUUCAAAUCCCACUCAACCCUAAUUAUUCAGAAAGUUGGUAAUCAAAAACAGCCUAGUGCCGCUUUAACUAUGCAUCGAUCUUUCAUUCAUUGUCUGCUACAUCAUCUUCGGUUUUCUGGUUCGGAUGUUUUAAAAUGUGGUAUUUUUCUGAUCUUCUAACAUCCAUGUCUUGAUGUUCGAUAUCUGCAGUUUCAAUUUGGUUUACGUGUUGCCUUUUGUGGGAUUUGAGAGCUUUGUCGUGAAUUAAAAGUUAGAUCUUUAAAUCACAAGUA